AUGGAAGGCAAAACUGUGGUUUUAAGUGUGCUCAUAAUGAGUGUUGUCUUGGCGCAAAUUCAAGUAGAAGCAAAGAUCUGCUGCCCUACCACGACUGCUAAAGAGGCCUAUGCUGUCUGCCGUUUUAGGGGAGGCCUCCGAGCAGUUUGUGUGUUUACCAAUGGAUGCAAAAUCGUUGACGACGGGACUAGUUGCCCUCCGGGAUUUCCUAACGACAAUCUCGAAAACUCUGGGAAAAUUGUCGAUGAAUACUGCAAGUUGGGGUGUGCAUCCUCUGUGUGUGGCGCCAUAACCACUCUCCAAAAAUCUGACGCGAGUGAUAUCGUGAAUGAAGCUGUUGCACAAUGUACCAAUGCAUGUUCUACUUUCUGCACCAAGGGCUCUAAAACCGCACUUGAAACUGCAUAA